UGUGCGCUCCUCCUGCUCUUUCCACUUACGUUCAUCUUCUUGUAUCUUGUGAUAAUACUCUGUAAUUUUGGCCACAUCCUCUGUGGCAUUCGGCUUAACGCGUGUCUUCACAUCCUCUUCAAUUUCAGGUGUAAUGAGAUCACGCAAUGAUGGAUGGUUUACCUUCAAGUCGUCGAGCACUUCCUUAACGAUAAGUUCCUCAAAUUCGUUGCGCAAUUUAUCUAAAUCCAUGGUUUCGUAUAUCGAUACUAAAUUUUAUUUUAGAAACAAUGUAAAAAAUAAAACAGCAAAAUAUUUCGGAAAGCGCAAAUCCAAAAACAACCAAAAAAAAAAAAGGAAAAGAAGAAAAAUAAAAAUUUAUUCGAUAAAUUUAAAUCCGGAGACAAACCGAGGCAUGGCAAAAUUUGGUACCGAAACGCGCAUGGAUGCGCGAAAACCUUUGGAAAUAUCAAAAUUUUUGCUCGGCAGUGGACGUGGGACACGAGUACGCUAUGGAGCAUUUACUUUGGGGCAAUCGACCAUGGCGGCGCAGCAACAAAAUCAGCCACCAAACAACAACCGCAUCGUGGUAACCAGAGCGAUAGUAACAGCAAUCAAGCCAGGACUUACAACAGUGACUCCGGUGCGUAACAGAACAAAUGCCAACGUUCUUGGAGGUGCCACACUAAUGGGAGGAGCUGUCAACGGUGCUGGUGCUGGGGGAAACAUUGGCAUUGGCGGUGGCAUUCAAACGCAACUUAGAAGACCCUCACCACAUAAGCCCACCGCCAUGUCGGCCAGCAAGGAUCAGGCUAUAGCACAGAGGCAAAAAUCGCCGUUACGGCGUCGACUCUCAUGUCGCUCCGAGCAGACACCGCAGACGAAAUGGAUACUGCGUCCACGGGGCUUUAAGUAUGCCUCGACGGAGUCCUCGUCGGAAAGUGUGGGGCCAUUGAAGCAGCUCGAGACCUUAGAGGAACAGCCUGCCGCCAACGAGGGCAGUCAGGAGAGCCAAGAAAGCAAGAGCAUCGGCCAACGCUUGCAUUCAAGCUACGAGCAAUUGGAACGGCAUAUGCAGGAGCUGCGUCUGAAGACAUCAUGGCCAGCAUUUGUGGCCCAAAUAGCCGAAGAGAAGCAUGACGAGAGAGAGCGAGAGCGCCAGCACAAGGAGCGACAGCAGAAGAUCAUUGAGAUCGAUGCGGCGAGCAUUAAGGCGCGACGACGACGUUUUAUCCAGCGGCAACAAUUACAGCAGUCCAACCAGCAACAGCUGCGCAUGAGUGGCGCACGACGAACAGCCGCAGGUGGUGGCGGUGGUGGUGGUUGUGGCGGCAUAGGCGGUGGUGCCUUGCGCACCUAUAGCGUGCCAAGUCAGCGCAUUAUGUUGGAGGAGGAUCUGAAGCAUGCGCAGCUGCGUUUGUUGCAGCCACGACGCACUUCUUCCCAUCGGCAGCUGCUGCAACAACAACGGGAACCGACAAGAACAGCAACAACAACAUCAAAGCCGCCCAAAAGCGGCGCCAGCAAAGUUUCGCUGUUGCAGGCGGACGUCGCAAAGACGACGCCGUCCACUUACAACAGGGAAACAGUGACGAAGCAGCAGCAAGAGUUGGCAGCCGAAAUGACGAUCAACAAGCCGAAGAGCAGUAGCAGCAGCAGCAGCAGCAGCAACAACAGCAACAACAACAAUCACAGCACACAGACAUCAUCCACAAGUCGCAGCAGUGGUGGCAACAUGUGGUCCAAUGAUCAGACCUAUCUAACGCCCAUUGUACAAAAUCUGGGCAACUCCAAGUCCAUUAAGCUCACCUCUACAGUCAUUAAAAUAAUGCCGAAUGUGGACAAGCCUGCAACAACAACGGCAAUCCAACAGCAACAUCAAGAACAGCAGCAACCACAACGACAGUUCUUGCAAAUACUUAAGCGGCAGUCAGCAGGCAAGCAGCAUCCGCAAGUGUCGCAGAAACAAACGGCGUUGCAGCAGCGCCAGCCACAGAACCAGGGCCUGGAACACCCGAAUCACAACCCCAACCCCAAUCCCAAUUCCAAUCCCAACCCUAACCAGCAGCAACAACGCCAGCAAUUGCCUCGGGACGGUCCAUCUCCGAAAAUUGUGCGCAAGGUGCAACACAAGGUGCCGCGCACCAUCGAGGACGGCAUCGAUGUCAGCUAUCAGACGUUUGUGUCGAAGCCGCUGCAACGUGGUCGCAAGCCCCAAACCAUACGCUACCUCUAUCGCCCCAUGGUGCGGAAUCUGAAUGCAGCGACGCCGUCCCAGCUGCAGCGUAAGCGCGCACGAAAAUCCAAAAAGGAGCACGAGCACGAGCAGGACCAGGACCAGGAACCGGGUACAGGCGAAACGGAAACGGAGACUGUGCUCAUGUUCCUGAAGGCAGCAGCGGAGGCGCAUAAGAGUAGCGGCGACUGCAACGGCCAUGCGGAGAAGAACGAGAGCCAUAUCGUUGGCUUUCGUGCACCAAAUCUGAAGGUCGGCGCCAAAUACAUGUCCUACAUGCAACAGCUGAGCCGCAUGUCUGGCCCCAACGAACGCUGCCUGGGGGGAGAGCACGCACCGGAGGAGCGUGAACAGCAGCAGCCCAGCAGGCAUGAUCCUCACCAGCACCAACCCAACCAACAACAACAACAAAAACAACAGGAACAACAACAGCUGACCACAAAUCAGGAAGAGUUACAGCCGUUACGCCCUACGCUCUUCUUCAAGCCGCAAAGUCUGAGGCCCAAAAUCAAUCUGAUCAGUAACUAUAAUGCCAAACAAAACGCAACCCCAACCAAACGAUCACAGCCACAGCCACAGGCACAGGCACAGGCAGCCGCCACUCACGAAGCUCUGCCAAAUGCCAAGCGACUUAAUUCGUUGGCAGCUGGUGCCAAUAUCUAUUAUCAUGAGCCCAUCAAUCUGCAGUUUGCCGGCACAGCUAUUCCAGCGCUCAUGGUUCCGGGUAAUAAGCGCGAGGACGCCCUUCAACAACAUAUGGCGAAGAAGGGUUCGGUGAAGAGAUCGAACCUGAAGACAGUUAGCUUCAAAAUCGGGAAGAAUGGUGAAGCCAAAUCGGCAGGCAAUGCCACAGCCCCGACCAAGGUUAGGAGCAAGGCGAGCGGCAAAAGCCACAACAACAACAUCAGCAGCAACAACAUCAGCAACAAUAGUCGCAUGUGAAGAGGGAGGAGAUAAAGGCUCGAGAUCUGGUCUUCGGCACUGCCCCCCAUUCAAUCGUUUAUCCAAGUCUAGUCCGAAUCAAUGCCGUCCACUUAAAGUGCAUAUUAAAGAACAGUUUAGAAACUUCUAA